AUGCAGCUCUUCGGGUUCCUUAGCGUCAUGGUGGCGAUCUCCUCCGCAUCUGCCUACCAGGUCCGGGCCUACUCCGACACCAGCUGCGACACUCUCGUUUGGGAAGCCAACUACGAGGAAGUCGGUCGCUGUGUCACCUUCAAGGUGGGAUCGACUGUGCGCGCUGUCCGCUUGCCAACCAGCGGUUACUCGCUCGAGGCUUUCCACCUGACAAAGUGUGAUACCUCGAUCCUCUACGCAGAAACCACCAUGGGGGCGCCCACCGGCUGUCUGACUUUGGACGAAGAUGUGUCUUUUGGAUCCUUCAGGGUCACGAGCUAA